AUAAGGCCUUCUCUCGAUUAAAAGUAUUUCUAUGACGUUUGUGCCAUGUAUUGGAGCCAAAACAGGACAAGUAAAGGAUAGCGGGGAGUGAAAUAUAGAAGUAAGCAAGUUGAACCUCCCUCGCUGCGAGCUAUUUUGCAGCUGUGAACUGACUCCUACAACAGCGGGUGAGCUCCACGUGAGGCCCAGCAGACGGACACGAGGAGCCUCUCAGCCCUCUAAACACUGAGGGAAAGGAAGGCUACAACUUUCCAAGGCAUCGUUGGUUCUCCUCACCACACUUGUUGUCACUGAGUGCAAGGAAGUAUCAGUCUCUUCUGAAACAGCCAAGAUGUGCAGUGUUGAUCCAGAUGAAGUGAUUGAAAUGACACAAGCCACAGAAGUCUUAGACAUUAGCAGGGGAGGUGUAUUGUGCCGUAAGUGUGAGGGGGCUGUGGCAGAAGUUGUCUUAAGAGUGAAAGAUGCAUACUGCAGGAACUGUUUCCUGGCAUAUUUCACACACAAGUUUCGUUCAACUAUUGGCAAGUCCAAGCAGAUCCAUCCUGGGGACCGUGUGUUGGUGGGCCUCUCUGGGGGCACCUCCUCGACUGCCCUGCUGCACCUCAUUCAUGAAGGACUCCAAGAAAACUCGCACAAGAAGUUGCGCUUUAAUCCUGCUUUUCUUUAUAUAGAUGCAACAGAUGGGAGCAGUGACCAUACCCAAAGGGUUCUUAGGCAGGUGGCCUCCCUGGGGUUCCCCUGCUAUGUGGCAGCACUGGAGCAAGUCAUGGCACUGCAGCCUCAGCCUCCUCUCCUUGUGCCACAGGAAUACAAGGAAAUGAAGUAUGCAGUUGAUGAGAAUCUCAAGACAAAAAUUCAUGAACUAUUUGCCUCAUGUAAAAGUGCUUCUGCCCAACAAGACCUACAUGAUCAACUGCUUCAGACAGUACUGAGGCAAUGUUCUCAGUCUCUGGGUUUCAGAAAGGUCUUCUUGGGUGACAAUUCCACAACACUGUCCAUCCGCAUCUUGUCACAGGUGGCUCUGGGAAGAGGCUCUCAGCUUCCUAAGAGAGUGCACUUCAAGGCAGUCUCUCAGAACAUAGAGGUCUACCGACCAAUGAGAGAGAUUCUUCAAGAUGAAGUUUUACAUUAUUUACGCCUUCAGGACAUAACUGUACCAAGGCUACCAGCUUUUCGGACGAAGGCAUGUGAGAUAUGGAGCUAUGCAGGACAAAUGUCUUUAAACAACUUGCCUGGGAGUCAAACCUGGGCCCUCGAGAAUCAAGGCGGACUCUUCAGCAUCAAGCCAAAGGAUAGUACCCCAGGGCUCAAGGCAUUUGGGGUCCUUAUUCAUGCUCUGCACCUUUAGUACAGAGGUGCAAGUGUUUGUAUGAUAAUUGUGUCAAGAGGAAACUAUAUAAACUUUUAUUUACAAGUAGAAAAAGAGAGGAAAUGAGCAUAUAGUAAUUACAAAUCCAGGAAACUAAUUUAACAGUGAACUUAAAAUUAUUGGCAUUUUUAAAAUGAAUAAAAUAUUAAGUUAAAUGAUUAUUGGCAAAUUCAAUUUUAAACAAGAUAUUUUGAUAAAUGAUUUGAAAGAAAUGUGUUUUGACAUAAUUGCAUAGUGUGUGUGUGUG